GUUCCAAGAUGGCGGCGCGUGUCCUCGCUCGCUGUCUCCGCUCGCAGCAACCUUGGAGCGGCCCGCGGGCCGGGCUGGGAGCCGGGGCCUGGCCUCGAGCUGCCGGCACCGUCACCACCAGCUACUGUCAGCGGGUCUGCAGCCGGCGGCCGCCUCUCCCGGGGCUCACAGCCCAGAGCUACGGGCCAAUUGUACAAACCUGUCGCCAGUAUUCGGAUAUGCCGCCCCUCACGUUGGAAAGUAUUCAGGAACGAGUCCUCUACGUACUCAAACUGUACGACAAAGUCAAUCCUGACAAGCUCUCAGUUGAAUCUCAUUUCAUGAAAGAUUUGGGGCUGGACAGUUUGGAUCAAGUGGAGAUCAUCAUGGCCAUGGAAGAUGAGUUUGGGUUCGAGAUUCCCGAUGCUGAGGCAGAGAAGCUAAUGUCACCGCAGGAGAUCGUCACUUACAUCGCAGACAAGAGAGACAUCUACGAAUAAAUCCCUCCCAGGAAGAGAGUCCCUCCCUGAGCUUGUGCUCGAAGUCUGGUGAGGCGCUGGCGUGUGGGGAAGGGAAGGACACGAGAGCUACUCCCACCCCCCACCCCCACCUCUGAGCUGUUGUUUCGUCAUCCGAUUGCAUUUGUUGUGUGAUAUUUAAACAAAAAAAGUUUAAAAACAUGUCCUAACUCCACGAAUGAAUAAACAUUGU